AAAUAAAUUCUCAAUUUUCAAUUUUCAUUUUUUUGGUGACUGAUUCAGGUUCAUCAGAGUGCAGGAAACAAGCAAUAAUAGUCUAUAUACAUAUUCUACGUUGAAGAUUACCCACGACCAAACGACAGUCAUUGCAGCCGCCAUAAACACCCACUUAUCGACGAUAUCCACGAUAAUGGACCCCUCGGCCGUUGGGUUGGGCAGUCCCAUUACCGCUUCUCCGCGGGAUGAGCAUUUUCCACUGUUGACAGAAGAUCGUGGAGCGAUCAAGGUCAUUAGGAACUUUACUCCGUCAUGGUUCUCCGUAUGCAUGGGCACAGGCAUCGUGUCCAUUUUGCUACACAACCUGCCGUACAAUGGCGCCUGGCUGUACUGGCUCUCGGUCAUUGUCUUCGCACUUAACGUCGUCUUAUUCACCGUCUUCUGCGUCAUCACCAUACUAAGAUACAUUCUCUAUCCCCAACUAUGGAAAGCCAUGCUGCUGCAUCCAGCGCAGUCGUUGUUCAUUGGCACUUUUCCCAUGGCGCUCGCGACGAUUGUGAAUCUGAUGGUCCUCAUCUGCGUGCCGGCAUGGGGCGAAUGGGUGCUGACUUUUGCAUGGACACUAUGGAUCAUUGAUGCGGUCAUUUCCAUUGCUAUCUGCUGUUACUUGCCAUUCUUGAUCAUGCACGUCCACGAGACCCAAUUGUCCACCAUGACAGCCGCAUGGCUUCUGCCCAUCGUGACGACCAUUGUCGCCGCAGCAUCCGGCGGCAUCGUGGCCGGGAGCUUAACCAACGCGCAGCACGCCCUUGGGACGCUCGUGGCGAGUUACAUCCUCUGGGGCACCGGCGUGCCGCUCGCCAUGGCCACGCUCGUCAUCUACUUCCACCGUCUGACCGUACACAAGCUCCCUCCGCGCGAAGUCAUGGUAUCUGUCUUCCUCCCGCUCGGUCCGCUGGGCCAGGGCGCGUACGGCAUCAUGCAGCUUGGUAAAGUCGCUAUGAAAAUCAUGCCCAAGACACAUACGCUGGUCGCGUCCGCGGGCGAGACUUUUUACACCGUGGGUUUCCUCGUUGCGAUCAUCAUGUGGGGCUUCGGACUCGUGUGGUUCUUCUUCGCCCUCGCGUCCAUUUCGCGCUCCAAGUUUCCCUUUAAUAUGGGCUGGUGGGGAUUCGUCUUUCCCUUGGGUGUCUAUACCAGUGCCACGUUGAGUUUUGGCCAGGAAUUGCCUUCUCGAUUCUUUGACAUUCUUGGUAAUAUCUUCACCGUCGCCGUCGUCCUCCUCUGGGUCGUCGUCUCCGUCACGACCGUUCGCAAGGCCUUGACCGGCGAAAUCUUCUUCUCCCCGUGUCUUGAGAAACUACGACGUAUCCAAUUGGAAGAAAAGCAGCGUCUUCGUCAACAACAGGCU